AUUAACUAUUCACUAUCCCAUCUUCAUAAGAACGCCUCUUCCUCGCCCCAUCCCUGGCUAUGCCUUUAUCACGUCCACCAAUACUUGCUGCCAUAGCUAUAGGCCUUCUCGCAGCUGCCCACGUCAGCGCGACAGCCUUGACAGCCAUGUUGGCUGCAAACGACAGGUCUUGUUACUACGCCGACGUCGACGGGUUGGGAGAGAAAGUUGGCUUCUACUUCGCCGUGCAGUCCGGAGGAAACUUCGAAAUUGACUAUGUGGUGUUGGACCCAGAUGACAGAGUGAUCUUGGAGGGCCAAGGAGAGAAGCAAGGUGACUACAUUUUCACCGCCAACAAGCUUGGGGAAUACUCUUUCUGCUUUGAAAAUGAAGCGUACACCCAAGACAAACUUCUCGACUUUGACAUUAUGGUAGAAUCUGAGCCUCGACGCAUCCUUCCUGGUCAGCAACCACCUCUCAAGGAACACACCUCUGCCCUCGAAGAGAGCACUUACAAAAUCAGUGGCAUCUUGAACAGCAUCACCAGAACUCAGAAAUACUUCCACACAAGACAUCACAGAAAUUACUCUACCGUUCUAUCGACACAGAGCAGAAUAUUGUGGUUCACAAUUUUGGAGUGUAUUAUCAUUGUAGCCAUGUCCUUAUUGCAAGUUUGGAUUCUCAAGACUUUCUUUUCACGUGGCGGAAGGCGUUAUAAGGUUUAAGAGCAACGACAUCAACUCAUGUUUAUUAUGCAUUCAUUCUCAGCA